AUGCCAUCACCUAAUCGCCCAGCUUCUGACUUAGUCAAUACCGAUUUACAACGAGAACAACAAUAUGACCAUGGAAAUUUAGCCACGAUUAUCACGAACAGUGAGCCAUUACUAACAGCAGAACAAAAAAUUAUUUCUGAUCGGAUUAUGCUGGCUGUUGCUGCUGAACAAGGCGGUAUUUUUUUCUUGGACGCACCAGGUGGAACCGGUAAGACAUUUUUAAUAUCGCUGAUUCUUGCCAAAAUACGAUCGCAACAGAAAAUCACAUUGGUAGUUGCAUCGUCAGGCAUUGCGGCUACUUUACUGGAUGGUGGGCGAACGGCACAUUCAUUAUUCAAGGUGCCAUUGGAUAUUCAUCAUAAACCAGAUGCAAUGUGUUACAUCAAAAAGAAUAAUGGAAUAGCUGCAGUGUUGCGGAAUAGUUCUAUAACAAUUUGGGAUGAGUGCACAAUGGUGCACAAAUAUUCACUUGAAGCAUUGCAUAGAACUAUGCAGGAUUUAAACAGCAAUAAUAAACUUUUUGGUGGUACUAUCUUACUUUUGUCUGGUGAUUUCCGUCAGACCUUACCGGUUAUACCUCGCUCAACUUUCGCGGAUGAGAUUAAUGCAUGUUUGAAUGCCAUCAUUCUUAUGGCGAAGUGUUGA